GCAGUCAGUAUCUGUACACAUGGAUGGAGUUGUGGUGAAAGAACGUAUGAACAUUGGACAGGAGCCGCCUUGUCCCCCUGUCAGGAAACGGAAGAGACGGCCACUGAAAGUCGGGAUGGAAACGGUGACAGCAGCAAGCAUGCAAAAGGCUAUGCAGGAAGUGAAGGACAAGCCCAGGAGGAGGCCUCUGGUCAGGGCUGCAUCAGAGGAGAGCUCCACCGAUCUCAUGUGUACAAGCUACUCCCUGUCCCCAGGAGACACGCUGCCGUGGAACCUGCCCAAACACUAUCGCAUGAAGCGCUCAAAGUCGGCCUCUGGAGACGUGUUGGACCCCGCAGAGAGGGCCGUCAUCCGCAUUGCAGAUGAACGGGACCGAGUGCAGAAAAAGACUUUCACCAAAUGGGUCAACAAACACUUGAUGAAGCACUGGAAGGUGGAGACUCAGCGCCACAUCACCGACCUGUACGAGGACCUCAGGGAUGGACACAACCUCAUCUCCCUGCUCGAGGUGCUCUCCGGGGAGACGCUGCCGAGGGAGCGUGACGUUGUGAGGAACGUGCGUUUGCCACGGGAGAAAGGACGCAUGCGUUUCCAUAAACUGCAGAAUGUGCAGAUCGCUCUGGAUUUUCUCAAACGCAGACAGGUCAAACUGGUCAACAUCAGGAAUGAUGACAUUGCAGAUGGAAACCCCAAACUGACCCUGGGUCUGAUAUGGACCAUCAUCCUUCACUUCCAGAUCUCAGACAUUCAGGUGAACGGUCAGUCGGACGACAUGACGGCCAAAGAGAAGCUGCUGCUGUGGUCGCAGAGGAUGGUGGAGGGAUACCAGGGUCUGCGCUGCGACAACUUCACCAGUAGCUGGAGGGAUGGCAAGCUCUUUAACGCCAUCAUCCACAAACACAGGCCCACGCUGAUCGACAUGACUAAGGUGUACCGGCAGACCAAUCAGGAGAAUCUGGAACAGGCCUUCAGUGUGGCCGAGAGAGAUCUGGGCGUCACCAGACUGCUGGACCCAGAGGAUGUGGACGUGCCACAUCCAGACGAGAAGUCCAUCAUCACGUAUGUCUCCUCUUUGUAUGACGUCAUGCCCAGAGUGCCGGAUGUUCAGGAUGGAGUUAAAGCCAAUGAGCUGGAGCUGCGUUGGCAGGAGUACUAUGAGCUGGUCACCAUGCUGCUGCAGUGGAUCCGACACCACAUCCUCGUCUUUGAGAAGAAGAAGUUUCCCACCAGCUACGAAGAGAUCGAGGUUCUUUGGCGUCAGUUUCUGAAGUUCAAGGAAAUGGAGCUCCCAGCAAAAGAAUCAGACAAGAAUCGAUCCAAACACAUCUUCAGGUCUUUUGAAGGUGCCGUCCAGGCAGGUCAAGUCAAAGUGCCGCCAUCUUACCAUCCCAUUGACGUGGAGAAGGAGUGGGGCCGUCUGCACGUCGCCAUCCUGGAGCGAGAGCGCCUCCUGAGGACAGAAUUUGAAAGGCUGGAGCGCCUUCAGCGGGUCGUCGGUAAGGUCCAGGUGGAGUCGGGUGUGUGUGAGGAGCAGCUCAACCAGGUGGAGACUCUGCUGCAGACGGAUGUGAGGAUGCUGAGUUCGGGGAAACCUGCUCAGAACACGGCAGAGGUGGAGGCAGAUUUGGAAAAAGCAGAAGGAAUGAUCCGCCUCCUCUUCAAUGAUGUUCAGCUGCUUAAAGAUGGGCGCCACCUUCAGGCUGAGCAGAUGUAUCGCAGAGUGUACCGUCUCCACGAGAGGCUGGUCAACCUCCGGAGUGAAUACAACCUGCGCCUCAAAUCUGGUGUGACUACGGCCCAGAUCCCCAUGACUCGAGUUCACGCCGUGCAGGUCCUGAAGCAGACCCCCACCACGGUGCGCCCUGAACUGGAUGAAGUAACGCUGCGCUACAUCCAGGACCUGCUGGGCUGGGUGGAGGAGAACCAGCGGCGGGUGGACGAGGGAGAGUGGGGCUCCGACCUUCCUGCUGUGGAAUCACAGCUCGGCAGCCACCGAGGCCUGCAUCUGUCUGUUGAGGAGUUCCGCUCUAAGAUCGAAAGGGCGAAAGCUGAUGAGAGUCAGAUUUCACCAGCCAGUAAAGCUGGAUACCGUGACUAUCUGGGAAAACUGGAGCUGCAGUACGAGAAGCUGCUCAACACCUCUAAGGUCCGUCUCCGUUACCUGGUCGAGCUUCACACCUUUGUUACUGCGGCAACCAAAGAGCUGAUGUGGCUGAAUGAGAAAGAAGAGGAGGAGGUCAACUACGACUGGAGUGAACGCAACACCAACAUGGUGGCCAAGAAGGACAACUACUCGGGUCUGAUGAGGGAGCUGGAGCUCAGAGAGAAGAAGGUAAACGGUGUCCAGACGACUGGAGACAAGCUGCUGAGGGAUGGACAUCCUGCCAGGAAGACUAUAGAGGCCUUCACGGCAGCUCUGCAGACUCAGUGGAGUUGGAUCCUCCAGUUGUGCUGCUGCAUAGAAUCCCACCUGAAAGAGAACACCGCUUACUUCCAGUUUUUUGCAGAUGUUAAAGAGGCCGAGGAGAAGAUCAAAAAGAUGCAAGAGGCAAUGAAAAGAAAGUACAUGUGUGAGCGCUCCAUCACAGCCACGCGGCUGGAAGACCUCCUGAAGGACGCCGCGGAUGAGAAGGAGCAACUGACUGAGUUCAAAAUGCACCUGGAAGGCCUGAAGCGUCGAGCUAAGGCCAUCAUCCAGCUGAAACCUCGAAACCCAGCAACACCCAUAAAAGGAAAACUGCCCAUCCAAGCUGUCUGCGACUUCAAACAGAUGGAGAUCAGAGUCCACAGAGGAGAUCAGUGUGCUCUGCUCAAUAACUCACAGCCCUGCAAGUGGAAGGUGCUGAACGAUAAAGGCAGCGAGGCGUCCGUGCCGUCCAUCUGCUUCCUGAUCCCGCCCACCAAUAAGGAGGCUGUGAACAGCGUCGCCGGACUGGAUGGAAACCUGCAGCGGCUGCAGACGCUCUGGCAGACCAUGUACGUGGACAUGAAGAGCCUGCUGUCCUGGCAGUAUCUGAUGAGAGACAUCCACAUCAUCAAGACCUGGAACAUCACCAUGUUUAAGACGCUCAGAGUGGAGGAGUACCGGCUGGCCCUGAGGAACCUGGAGCAGCACUACCAGGACUUCCUGAGGGACAGUCAGGACUCUCAGAUGUUCGGCGCUGAGGACCGCAUGCAGGUGGAGUCCAACUACAACCGAGCCAACCAGCACUACAACACGCUCGUCAGCUCUGCAGAACAAGGACAUGUGGUGCCAGUGGCAGGAGAACAAGAUGAGUCUGUGUGCAAGACGUACCUGAACAACAUCAAAGAUCUUCGCCUGCGGCUGGAAGGAUGUGAGACUCGAACAGUGACGCGUCUCCGUCAGCCGCUGGACAGAGAGCCGCUCACAGCCUGCGCCAUGAAGACAGCCGAGCAAAUGAAAGUGCAGUUGGAGUUGGAGGGCUUGAAGAAAGAUUUGAACUCCGUCUCAGAGAAGACAGAAGAGGUUCUGGUGUCUCCUCAGCAGCCUAGCUCUGCUCCAAUGCUUCGCUCUGAGCUGGACAUUACGCUGAAGAAGAUGGACCAUGUGUACGGCCUCUCCUCCAUCUACCUGGACAAGCUCAAGACAAUUGAUGCUGUGAUCCGGAACACCAAAGGUACAGAGGACACGCUGAAAAAUUAUGAAACACGUCUACGUGAUGUCACUAAAGUGCCAGCUGAGGAGGACGAGGUGGACAAGCAUCGCAGUGACUUAAAGAAAAUGCGCGCUGAAGCGGAGGCCGAUCAGGUCGUGUUUGAAAGGCUGCAGGAUGAGCUGAAGAGGGCGACACUCGUCAAUGACAAGAUGAGUCGGAUCCACAGCGAGCGUGAUGCUGAACUGGACCAUUACCGUCAGCUGGUCAGCAGCCUCCUGGAGCGCUGGCAGGCCGUGUUCGCUCAGAUCGACCUGAGGCAGCGAGAGCUUGACCUGCUCGGCCGCCGCAUGCGUUCCUACCGGGAAAGCUAUGAGUGGCUCAUUUGCUGGCUGGGAGAAGCGAGACAGAGGCAGGAGAAGAUCCAGGCCAUGCCUGUCAGUGACAGUAAGGCUCUCAAGGAGCAGCUGGCAGAGGAGAAGAAACUCCUGGAGGAGAUUGAGAAAAACAAGGACAAGGUUGAACAGUGCCAGAGAAAUGCAAAAGAUUAUAUUGAUUCAGUCAAGGAUUGUGAGCUUCAGAUUUUGACUUACAAAGCUCUCCAGGAUCCCAUAGUUUCUCCUUUAAAGAAAGCCAGGAUGGAAAGUGCAUCUGAUGACAUCAUUCAAGAGUAUGUUACUCUGAGAACCUGCUACAGUGAGCUGCUGACACUCACCAGUCAGUACAUUAAAUUUAUCACAGACACUCAGCGCCGCCUGGAGGAUGAUGAGAAAGCUACUGAAAAACUAAAAGAAGAGGAAAGGAGAAGGAUGCUGGAGAUCCAGGCUGAGUUAAAGAAACAGAAACAAUUAGCCGAGGCCCAUGCCAAAUCUGUGGCCAAGGCAGAACAGGAGGCCGAGGCGCUCAAGUUAAAAAUGAAAGAAGAGGCCAGCAGAAGGCAAGACAUUGCAGUGGACGCUGAAAAACAAAAGCAAAACAUUCAGCAGGAGCUACACCAGCUCAAGAGCCUGUCGGAGCAGGAAAUCAAGUCCAAGAAUAAGCAGCUGGAGGAGGCACUGCUCAGUCGCACCAAGAUUGAGGAAGAAAUCCACAUAAUUAGACUCCAGUUGGAGACAACAAUAAAACAUAAGUUCACAGCUGAAGGUGAGUUACAGCAGCUCAGAGACAAAGCGGCUGAAGCUGAGAAGCUCAGGAAAGCUGUGCAGGAAGAGGCAGAAAGACUUCGUAAGCAGGUUCAAGAUGAGACACAGAAAAAGAAAAACGCAGAAGACGAGCUGAAACGUAAAUCUGAGGCAGAAAAAGAGGCUUCCAUACAAAAGCAGAAAGCACUGGAUGACCUGAAGAAGUUCAAAAUGCAAGCUGAGGAGGCAGAGAGGCGCAUGAAACAGGCCGAGGAGGAGAAAUUAAGACAGAUCAAGGUCGUGGAGGAGGUGGCACAAAAGACUGCUGCCACACAGCUACAAAGCAAAGCCAUGUCUUUCAAUGAAAAGGCAACAAAACUGGAGGAAUCCCUUAAAAAAGAGCAGGGCACUGUCCUUCAGCUGCAGGAGGAAGCUGAGAAACUCAGGAAGCAACAAGAUGAAGCGAACAAAGCAAGGGAACAAGCAGAGAAGGAGCUCGAAAUAUGGAGACAGAAAGCCAAUGAAGCUCUCCGCUUAAGACUUCAAGCUGAGGAGGAAGCUCAGAAAAAGAGCCAGGCUCAAGAAGAGGCAGAGAGGCAGAAGGUUGAAGCGGAGCGAGAUGCCAAGAAGCGGGCAAAGGCUGAAGACGCUGCACUUAAACAAAAAGAGAACGCAGAGAAAGAAUUAGAGAAACAGCGAAAGAUCGCAGAAGAAAUAGCUCAGCAAAAACUGACUGCAGAGCAAGAGUGCAUACGCCAGAAAGCUGAAUUUGAACAUGCUGAACAGCAGAGGGUCCUGCUGGAUCAUGAGCUCCGGCGUCUGAAGAAUGAGGUGAACAAUGCUGAAAACCAAAGGAAGCAACUGGAAGAUGAGCUGGCUAAGGUAAGAAGUGAAAUGGAUGCUCUCCUUCAGAUGAAGAUUAAGGCAGAGGAGCAGACACUAUCUAACACAGAAAAAAGCAAACAGCUUCUUGAAUCCGAGGCGGCCAAAAUGAGGCAACUUGCCGAGGAAGCAAGCAGAUUAAGAUCAGUCGCUGAAGAAGCUAAGAAGCAGCGGCAGAUCGCCGAGGACGAGGCUGCUCACCAGAGAGCCGAGGCUGAAAAAAUACUCAAGGAAAAGCUGGCUGCCAUCAACGAGGCAACUCGUCUGACGACUGAAGCAGAGAUUGCCUUGAAAGCUAAAGAAGCAGAAAAUGAAAGACUCAAAAGAAAAGCCGAGGAUGAAGCCUAUCAGCGGAAGCUGCUGGAGGACCAAGCUGCUCAGCACAAGCAAGACAUUGAGGAGAAAAUGGUACACCUGAAGAACUCAUCGGAUUCUGAGCUGGAGCGGCAAAGAACAAUUGUGGAAGAAACACUUAAGCAAAAGAAAGUGGUUGAGGAGGAAAUUUAUAUCAUUAAGCUCAACUUUGAGAAGGCAUCGAAAGGCAAGUCAGAUCUAGAGGCCGAACUGAACAAGCAGAAGAGCAUUGCAGAGGAGACAGAGAAGAGCAAGCGUAAGGCUGAGGAAGAGGCAGAGACGCUGAAAAGACUGGUUUCAGAGGAAGAGAAGAAAAGGAAGGAAGCCGAGGAGAAGGUGAAAAGGAUUGCUGCAGCUGAAGAAGAGGCUGCACGACAGUGCAAGGCCGCACAGGAAGAAGUUGAACGUCUCAAAAAGAAAGCUGCUGAAGCAAACAAACAGAAAGAAAAAGCAGAGAAGGACGCAGAGCAGCAGGUCAUUCUGGCCAAAGAGGCGGCACAAAAAUGCAGUGCUGCAGAGCAGAAAGCACAAGACAUUGUAACUAAGAAUAAAGAAGACAUUCUUGCUCAAGAAAAGCUGAGAGACGAGUUUGAAAAUGCGAAGAAACUUGCGAAAUCGGCCGAGAAAGCCAAGGACAAGGCAGAGAAAGAGGCAGCCUUACUCCGUCAACAAGCUGAGGAGGCUGAGAAGCUGAAAAAAGCUGCAGAGGAUGAAGCUGCUAAACAGGCCAAAGCUCAAAAAGAUGCAGAAAAACAAAGGAAAGAAGCAGAGGAGGAGGCUGCAAAGAGAGCAGCAGCGGAGGCUGCAUCGCUAGAACAGAAGAGGCAGGCAGACGCACAGAUGGAGAAACACAAAAAUCUAGCCGAGCAAGCACUUAAACAGAAAUCUCAAGUCGAGAAGGAGCUUGCAGUUGUUAAACUGCAGCUGGAUGAGACUGAUAAGCAGAAAGCUAUCUUGGAUGAGGAGCUUCAGAGAGUAAAGGAUGAAGUAACUAAAGCAGUUAAACAAAAGAUGCACAUAGAAGAUGAACUGUCCAAAGUUAAGAUCCAGAUGGAUGAGCUUCUGAAGCUUAAGAUAAAGUUUGAGAAGGAAAAUCGGGUCCUCAUGCAGAAAGAUAAAGAUAAUACACAAAAGUUACUUGCAGAGGAAGCUGAGAAAAUGAAGAACCUGGCAGAGGAAGCUGCCAGGCUCAGCGUGGAGGCUCAGGAAGCAGCUAGACAGAGACAGCUUGCAGAGUCUGACUUGGCUGAACAGAGGGCACUUGCAGAAAAAAUGCUCAAGGAGAAAAUGCAGGCCAUCCAAGAAGCUACAAAACUCAAAGCUGAAGCUGAGGAGCUGCAGAAACAAAAGAACCAGGCACAGGAAACGGCUCAGAAACUGUUAGAGGAUAAACACAAGAUACAGCAACGCCUCAACGAGGAGACGGAGGGCUUCCAAAAAUCAUUAGAGGCCGAACGUAAGAGGAAGCUCGAAGCUUCAGCUGAAGCAGAGAAACUGAGAUUAAAGGUGAAAGAGCUCAGCGGUGCUCAGGCGAAAGCGGAAGAGGAGGCCAAUAAGUUCAAGAAGCAAGCCGAUGAAAUAAGACUUCAUCUUCAGGAGAAAGAAAAACAAACCACAGAAAAGGUUGUGCAAAAGUUAGAGACGCAGAUGCUACAGAGCACCAAAGACGCUGAUGAAUUACGGAAAGCCAUUGCUGACAUCGAGAAAGAGAAGGAGAAACUGAAAAAAGAGGCAGAGGACCUUCAAAAUAAAUCUAAACAGAUGGCACAUGCCCAACAAGAGCAAAUUGAACAGGAGAAGGCUGUUCUUCAACAGUCUUUCCUCACUGAGAAAGAAAUUCUGCUGAAGAGAGAAAAAGCGAUUGAAGAGGAGAAAACGAAACUUGAGGCACAGCUGGAGGAGGAGGUGAAUAAGGCCAAAGCUCUCAAAGAUGAGCAGGAGCAUCAAAGCAAGCUAAUGGAAGAGGAGAAGAAGAAACUUCAGGCCGCAAUGGAUGAGGCUGUAAAAAAACAAAAGGAGGCUGAAGCACAGAUGAAAGACAAGCAAAAAGAAAUGGAGGAGCUGGAAAAGAAGAGGGCUGAACAGGAAAAACUGCUGGGAGAAGAAAACAAAAAGCUCAGAGAGAAACUUCAGAAUCUUGAGGAUGCUUCCAAACAGGUCACAUCCAUAACUAAGGAAAUGAAAGUCCAGACAGAUGAGGUUCUGGAGGAGCAGUUAGUUUCUGUCACAAAGGUGGAACCCACAAAGAAAGUUUUCAAUGGUUCUGUUGAUGUUGAUGGGAUGAAGAAAAAGGAAGAGGCCUUGUUUGCAUUUGAUGGAAUUAGAGACAAAGUUCCUGCUGAGAGGCUGUUUGACAUCGGUAUCCUGACUAAAAAGGAGUUUGACAAACUGAAAAAGGGCAAAGUCUCUGUGCAAGAACUGAGAAAGAGUGAUAAAAUCAAAUUGUGCCUUAAAGGACACAACUGUGUUGGGGGUGUCUUGACUCCAUCCAAAGAGAAAAUGAGUGUCUAUCAGGCCAUGAUGCAGAAUAAGCUUGCUCCUCACACUGCCAUGAUGCUAAUGGAAGCUCAAGCAGCUUCUGGUUUCAUUGUUGAUCCAGUGAACAAUAAACUGGUCUCCGUUGAUGAGGCUGUUAAGGAUGAGAUAAUUGGCCCUGAGCUCCAUGACAGAAUGCUCUCAGCAGAGCGAGCGGCCACUGGUUUCAAAGAUCCUUAUACCGGAGCUAAAAUCUCUCUUUAUGAGGCCAUGAGAAAAGGACUUGUUGAAAACGAGCAAGCCAUUAAAUUCCUUGAUGUACAACUUGCAACUGGUGGUAUCAUUGACCCUGUGAACAGUCACAGAGUUCCCCUGCAGACAGCCUACAAUCAGGGUCAGUUUGAUGCAGAUAUGAAUAAGAAACUCACAGAUUCUAGAGAUGAUUGCAAGUUAUUCAUUGAUCCCAGCACUCAGGAGCAACUUGGUUACAAGCAGUUACUGGAAAGAUGUACCACAGAUGCAGAGACGGGCCUACUAAUAUUACCAAUAACAGAAAAGGCCGCACAAAGUGAGAGAACAUACACAGAUGCAGAGACAAAAGAGGUGUUCAGUAAAUCAAACGUUGAUGUGCCUUUUGGAAGGUUCAAGGGGAAAACUGUUACCAUUUGGGAAGUUAUAAAUUCUGAAUAUUUCACUGAAGAACAAAGAAGGGAACUGAUUCGCCAGUACAAAACUGGCAAGAUCACAGUGGAAAAGAUCAUCAAAAUUGUCAUUACUGUUGUAGAAGACAAGGAAAAGAAUAACGAAAAUGUCUUUCAAGGAUUGAGAGAACCUGUCUCUGCUAGUGAACUUUUAGAGUCUAAGAUUAUAACCAAAGACUUGUUCAACAAGUUGAGCAAUGGGAAAGUUACCAUUAAAGAGGUUUCUGACAUGAAGCCUGUGAAGAAGGCGCUCCAAGGAACACCGAGCAUUGCUGGGCUAAUGGAUGAAUCAACAAAGGAGAAAAUGCCCUUCUACCAAGCAAUGAAAAAAGAAUUACUCUCACCAGAUAUUGCUGUGAAACUUCUUGAAGCUCAAGCAGCAACAGGGUUUGUAAUUGAUCCUGUCAAAAAUGAGAAAGUUACUGUUGCUGAGGCUGUUAAGUCAGGCCUUGUUGGACCAGAACUGCACGAACGUCUCCUGUCAUCAGAGAGAGCUGUCAGUGGCUACAAAGAUCCAUAUACAGACAAAAAGGUGUCUCUGUUUGAAGCCAUGAACAAAGGACUUAUAAAGAAGGACCAUGGCAUUUGUUUGCUUGAAGCUCAACUCUCCACAGGUGGCAUAAUUGACCCUAUUAAAAGCUAUCGCGUUCCACAUGACAUUGCCUGUAAACGUGGCUAUUUUGAUGAGGAAAUCAGCAGGACUUUGAAUGAAAACACUGAAGAAUCAAAGGUCUUUUAUGAUCCUAACUCACAAGAGGAAAUAAGCUAUGCAGGGUUAAAGGAUAAAUGUAUCACAGACAAAGAAACUGGACUCCUGUUACUUCCUCUUUCAAAGAAGGCCUUAAAGCCAAAAGAAGACCGUCAUAUUACAGAGACCAAGACAAAAGAGGCUUUGGGCAAGGCAACUAUGGAGUUAGACUAUGGACCUUUCAAAGGCCGAAAAGUUACAAUCUGGGAAAUCAUACAUUCUGAAUAUAUCACAGAGGAACAAAGGUUAGAGUUGAUUCGCCAGUACAGAAUAGGGCAAGUGACAAUUGAAAAACUGAUAAAUAUUGUGAUAACAAUGGUUGAUGAAAAAGAAGACAAAACAAAAGAAGAUGCUUGUUUUGAAGGUAUUAGAGCAAUGGUCACAGCAAGCUCCUUACUUGAUUCCAACAUUAUUGAUAAGGCUACAUUUGAUCAACUCCAACAGGGGAAAGUGACCCCUAAGGACAUUAGUGACACUGACAGAGUCAGGAAGUACUUGCAAGGCACAGACUGCAUUGCUGGCAUUGCUAUGGAAGAGUCAGAUGAGAAACUAAGCAUUUAUCAAGCAAUGAAAAGGAAUGUCUUGCAGCAAAAGACUGGGACUGCACUACUUGAGGCCCAAGCUGGAACCGGAUUCAUUAUUGAUCCAGUCAAGAACCAAAACUAUUCCGUGGAUGAUGCUGUAAAGGUUGGGGUUGUUGGCCCAGAGCUUCAUGAAAAGCUUCUGUCAGCUGAGAAAGCAGUGACCGGAUAUAAAGAUCCAUAUACAGGCAAUAAGAUUUCCCUGUUUCAAGCUAUGAAGAAAGAACUUGUACUGAGGGAACAUGCUAUUCCACUUCUGGAGGCACAAUUUUCCACAGGUGGGAUCAUUGAUCCCAUCAGCAGCCAUCGUGUUCCUAAUGAUGUGGCCAUUCAGCGUGGUUAUUUCAGUAAACAAAUGGCCAAGUCUUUCAGUGAACCAUCAGGGGAUAUAAAAGGCUUCACUGAUCCUAACAACAAUGAAAGUGUAACUUACAAGGAGUUGCUUGAGAAAGCUGCGAGAGACCCAAAGUCUGGUCUGUGCUACCUGCCCCUUUCAAAGGUUGAAGCACCUGCUCCUACUGAAAAGUCCUAUCAGUACACAGAAGAGCAAGCCCAGACAGAUCUAGCCAACACUCAAAUUGAGAUCCCUCAUAAAAGUUUUGCAGGGAAGACUAUGACCAUAUGGGAAGUCAUGAACUCGAAUAUGCUUCCAGAAGAGGAGAGAUACCGCCUCUUGGAGCAGUUUCGUUUGGGAAAAAUCACUAAAGAAAGAAUGGUAAUCAUCAUAAUUGAAAUCAUUGAAGAAAGAGAGACUCUUAAGUCAGAGCAGAGCAUGUCAUGUGACGUCAUUAGAAGAAGAAUAACAAUUGAGGAGCUUUACAGUGCUCGAAUCAUUGACAUGCACACAUAUAAUCUGCUGAAACAAGAAAAGUUGUCUGUUCUUGAAAUAAUGGAAAUGCCAUCAGUAAAGCAGUAUCUCUUUGGUACUGGCUGUAUUGCUGGAGUAAUGUCAGACACUCCCCCAAAGAUGAGCAUUUACCAGGCAAUGAAGAAUGGAUUGAUUAAUCCUGAAAUUGCUCUGAAUCUCCUUGAGGCACAAGCAGCGACAGGAUUUAUGAUUGAUCCUGUGAAAGAUGAACUGCUAACAGUUGAUGAAGCUGUGCGCAAGGGACUUGUAGGUCCUGAAAUUCAUUACAAGCUUCUCUCUGCUGAGAGAGCAGUAACAGGUUACAAAGAUCCAUACAGUGGAAAAGUGAUCUCUCUUUUCCAGGCAAUGAAAAAAGACCUUGUACCUGAGGAUUAUGCCUUAAGGCUUUUGGAGGCCCAAAAUGCCACUGGGGGAAUAAUGGAUCCCGAAUACUACUUCCGUCUCCCAACAGAUGUUGCCUUGCAACGUGGCUACAUAAAUACAGAGACACUGGACAGGAUAUCUGAACCUACUGUGGAUGUGCGUGGUUACACCGAACCUACCACAGGUGAAAAACUGUCCUAUGCUCACCUGCUGAAACAAUGCAGGGUUGAUAAAGAAAGUGGUUUGCACUUACUUUCGCUGGCAGAUAGAAAACUUCUUUUCAAGGGUCUCAGAAAGCAGAUCACUGUAGAUGAGUUGCUUCGUUCCCAGAUUAUUGACCAAAAGACAUACACUGAACUCAAUGAAGGUGUCAUUACAGUGGAACAGGUCAGCAGAGAUGUUAAGAAGUACCUCGAGGGUACAAGCUGUAUAGCUGGUGUCUACGUAGAAUCUAGCAAAGAUCGUCUGUCUAUUUACCAAGCAAUGAAGAAGAACAUGAUUAGACCAGGGACUGCAUUUGAGCUUCUUGAGGCUCAGGCUGCCACAGGAUAUGUAAUAGACCCCAUUAAAAACCUAAAACUAAAUGUCAAUGAAGCUGUUAAAAUGGGAGUUGUUGGUCCAGAGUUCAAAGAUAAACUCCUGUCAGCUGAACGAGCUGUAACAGGCUACAAAGACCCAUACUCUGGAAAAAUUAUCUCCCUUUUCCAGGCUAUGAAAAAGAACCUGAUUCUGAAAGACCAUGGCAUUCGCCUGCUUGAGGCUCAAAUUGCUACUGGUGGAAUAAUUGAUCCAGAGGAGAGUCACCGCUUGCCAGUUGAAACAGCAUACGCACGGGGUCUCUUUGAUGAAGAAAUGAACGAAAUCUUGACUGACUCAUCUGAUGACACAAAAGGGUUCUUCGACCCAAACACAGAGGAAAAUCUCACCUACCUACAGCUUAUGGAAAGAUGUAUGAUGGACCCAGAAACAGGACUUGCGCUCUUACUGCUUAAAGAAAAAAAGCGUGAGAGAAAGACAUCAUCAAAGUCAUCUGUUCGCAAACGUAGGGUAGUCAUUGUUGACCCAGAGACAGGCAAAGAGAUGUCUGUGUAUGAGGCAUAUCACAAAGGACUGAUUGAUCACCAGACAUACAUAGAGCUUGCAGAGCAAGAGUGUGAAUGGGAAGAAAUUACCAUCACCUCAUCUGAUGGAGUUGUGAAAUCCAUGAUUACUGACAGGAGGUCUGGUCGGCAGUAUGAUAUUGAUGAUGCAAUCACAAAGGGCCUUAUUGACAAGUCAGCUCUGGAUCAAUACAGAGCAGGAACUCUCUCCAUCACAGAGUUUGCAGACAUGCUGUCUGGGAAUAUGAGUGGUUCAUGGUCGCGGUCAUCAUCCUUCGGUUCCUCUUCGUCUUACUCCAUGAGUCCAGCGCCCAGUUUGAAAACUCCAGCAAGUACAUGGAAUGACCCAACAGAGGAAACAGGCCCUGUGGCUGGAAUCCUAGACACCGAUACACUGGAGAAGGUGUCUGUCACAGAGGCCAUCCACAGAAACCUUGUGGACAACAUAACAGGUCAAAGAUUACUGGAAGCUCAGGCCUGCACAGGAGGCAUCAUUGACCCAAACACUGGUGAGAAAUUCUCUGUUGCAGAUGCGAUGAACAAAGGGCUUGUGGAUAAAAUUAUGGUGGACCGCAUCAGUCUUGCUCAGAAAGCCUACAAUGGAUUUGAAGAUCCCAGAACCAAAACCAAAAUGUCAGCAGCCCAGGCUCUAAAGAAGGGGUGGCUGUACUAUGAGGCUGGACAAAGGUUUCUUGAAGUCCAGUAUCUUACUGGUGGAUUAAUUGAACCAGAUGUGACUAGCAGAGUCUCUGUUGACGAGGCUGUGAAAAAAAGCACUCUUGAUGCACGCACUGCACAAAAGUUACGUGAUGUCAGUGCUUACUCUAAAUACCUCACAUGUCCAAAAACAAAGCUUAAAAUAUCAUACAAGGAUGCAAUGGAAAGAAGCAUGAUAGAACAAGGGACUGGUCUGAGACUGCUCGAGGCAUCUUCACAGUCAAGCAAAGGCCUGUACAGCCCUUACAGCGUCAGCGGCUCCGGCUCAGGUACUGCUUCACGGUCUGGCUCAAGGACUGGUUCAAGGUCAGGCUCUAGAAGAGGUAGCUUUGAUGCAACGGGAUCAACUUUCACAACUACCUUCUCCUCCACUUCAUACACUUCACCAAGCUAUGGCCGUCGAUACUGAUGAGUCCAGUUGUGGAACAAAGAAGGAUAUAAGAUUCAGUCACAGUACUCACCAGAUGCCUACUUCUCAAUGGAAUAAGGACUAUCUUUAUUCUGCUCUGCAUGUGGCUGCUACUGGAUUAUUAUUUUUUAAUCGUAUAUAAGUUGAAUGGAUUUUGUUUAUUGUAUGUCACUAUUUUAGGUAGUUAUGCUGACAUUAAUGCUGUCUUAUCAGACAUUCUGAGUACUAUACUCUAAGGCCUUAUCUACAGAAAAGUUGUUUAUUAUUUACAUCAUAUACGUCACAAAACGUUUUAGUGUACAUGAUUUUUCAAAUGUGUAAGAUUGUAAUCUUUUACUGAUGAAGAACUAAGAUUUGUUGUUGCGUACUAUUAGUGACUGAGCAGCAUUUAAGCCAACAGUCUUCAUGGUGAUUAACCUUGCUAAAGACACCUAGCUUGUUCAGUACAUGUGUAUAUUUUUGAAUGCUGGAAAAAAAAA